ACUGAGGCUGACGUGGGUUGUGGCGUCACGGUGGGGUUAAUUUAAAUUGAGUUCAGGGGAAAGAAACGGAUCAAAUUAGUUUGGGGGGAAACAAAGAGCCGGAGCGGCGCGUAAAGGCGGAUGCUGGAGAAGAGUUCACAUACGAAAUUUCAGCAAGACCUUUCAGACUGGGAACUUUCAACACAGAAAACAAAAUGCGUGGCCUGUUUUCCACCCUCAUCGUUGUGCUGGUGGCCUUAAUGAUCGUGACUACAGAGGCUGGGAAAAACAAGAAAGAGAGGAAUAGGGGGGUUAACGGUGGUGCGGACUGUGCGGAGUGGCGCUAUGGCAUCUGCGUGGCCAAUAACGGAGACUGUGGACCAGGCAUAAGGGAGGGCACCUGCAACGAGAAUACCAAAAAACUCAAAUGCAGAGUUCCCUGCAACUGGAAGAAAGAGUUUGGAGCUGACUGCAAGUAUAAGUUUGGUAACUGGGGUGAGUGUGACGCAGCCACGAGCACAAAGAGCCGCACCGGCACUCUGCAAAAGGCUCUCUUCAACGUCGACUGUCAGCAAACCAUCUCUGUGUCCAAACCCUGCACCACCAAGGUCAAAAACAAACCCAAAGGAAAGAAAAACAAGGGAAAAGGGAACUAAAGGGAGCAAGAGAUCCAGAGGAGCAGUAAACACCACGUGAUCAUCCGUCAUCCAGACACGGCCUUUUAUAUCUCUACUCAGUGUUCUUCAGCUUGAACGGGACUUGCUCUACAGCCACAAACACAUAGCUUUAGAAGACUAUGACAGAGUAACGUCUGAGUAUUUGACACCUUACAUGACUCUUUCAUGUGUGAGGGAGAGGGGAGAAUAAAAUGCCGUUGUUUAGCGUGUGGUGCCCUGUAGUUGACCCAUUCCUCUGAUGUUUCCCUCCAGCACAGAUUUCUUUCUCCCUCUCUCUCUCUCUCUCUCGCUCUCGCUUUCUCAGCUGUGUAAGCCUCAGGCCUCUCAUUUGCUAAAGGACAACAAUCAGUAGACUUAAAUCAAACAUCUAUUUUAUUACUGUUUUACUUACAAAUUUGGGUUUGUAAAAUUGUGUAAUUUACUAGUGGGGUAUAUAAGUAGUGUUUGGAUAAGUCACCCUUCUCUUUUUUGUAUCAUAAAAUAUAAAACUGAGGAGUGUUGUUUGAAAUAAAUGAUUUUUCUUUUUCUAUAAAAGGUGUAGUUUAUGUAAACGUGAAAAUACCCCAAAAUACUGUUACUUUUUCCUUUUGACUUGACUGUUACUAACAGAUCGAAGGGUGACAGAGGGUUAUAAGAUUUAAACUGCAUGGAGAGGAGACCGUCCCCUCUUGUGCAAACCCAUUUUAUAAGCAUUUUAAGAAAGACAGUGAAGUUUUGUUACUGAGCUUUGUGUGUUAAAUGUAGUGUUAACUAAAGCUAAAUGAGUGAUGACAGUUCAUUAUUAAAGACACUUGAGCCCUCCAAA